AUGAUCCUUGGGGGUGUAUUAACCAAGCUAGGGACCUUCCUGUUCUCUUCCCCUACCCGAGAAUUUACCCAGGUUUGUCGAACUCAGCUUUCCCAUGCGCCCUCCAGUACGCUGACACGACUCAUCACUAUAGAGCAAUAUUCUUAUAUGUGUGAUUUGAAGAAGACUCUCGAUGCGGGCGGCCACUGCGUACUGGAAAUGCCUUCUGGCACAGGCAAGACAGUAUCGCUUCUGUCUCUUAUCGUCGCUUACCAGCAAUUCAUGCCGGAGAAGCGAAAACUCAUCUAUUGCUCUCGUACCAUGUCCGAAAUCGAAAAGGCGCUGAUGGAGUUAGAAGCUUUGAUGAAGUACCGCACAGAACAGUUGGGCUACGAAGAAGACUUCCGAGGCCUCGGCCUAACCAGCAGGAAGAACUUGUGUCUUCAUCCUUCUGUCAAGCGCGAGAAGAGCGGAUCCGUCGUUGACUCUCGAUGUCGAAGCUUGACAGCAGGCUUCGUCAAGGAAAAGAAGGAACGCGGCGAAGACGUAGACCUAUGCGUUUACCAUGAUGUCCGUAUCUACUCCCGUCGUCCCAUGUCUUGCUGUCCUUUGCUUACUCUUCGGCAGAAUCUCGACUUACUCGAAGCACACAAUCUCAUCCCAAACGGGGUUUGGACUUUUGAUGGCCUACUACGCUAUGGAGAAGAGAAUAAACAAUGCCCAUACUUCACCGCCCGUCGUAUGAUGCAGUAUUGCAAUGUUGUCAUUUUCUCCUACCAUUACCUCCUAGACCCGAAGAUUGCAGAGCGUGUCUCCAAAGACUUUUCCAAAGACUGCAUUGUCGUCUUCGAUGAAGCACACAACAUCGAUAACGUAUGCAUCGAAUCACUGAGUACCGAUAUCACGGAAGAGUCACUACGACGCGCAACACGAGGCGCUCAAAAUCUCAAGCAAAAAAUCUCAGACAUGCGCGAAACGGAUCAAGAGCAAUUGCAAAAUGAAUAUGAAAAGCUCGUUCAAGGCCUAAGAGAGGCCGACGAAGCCAGACAGGAAGACGCUUUCAUGGCAAAUCCAGUACUUCCUGAUGAACUCCUGAAAGAAGCGACCCGGAUGAAAGUUCGUCAGGUCAUCUCAGAGACUCCGCCGUCCUUUCUUGCGCAUUUGAAAGAGCACACAUUUAUCGAAAAGAAGCCUCUUGGCUUCUGUGCCGAGCGUCUGACUUCGCUCGUCAGGACCCUAGAGCUCACCAACAUAGAAGACUAUCAACCUCUUCAAGAGGUUGCGACGUUUGCCACGCUAGUCGCAACCUAUGAAAAGGGGUUUUUAUUAAUUCUGGAACCAUACGAAUCAGAUACGGCAGAAGUUCCGAAUCCAAUCCUCCACUUCACCUGUCUUGAUGCAGCUAUCGCCAUUCGGCCAGUUUUUGAUCGCUUCUACUCAGUCAUUAUUACCUCUGGCACUAUCUCACCUCUGGAGAUGUAUCCAAAAAUGCUUGACUUUUCCACUGUUAUCCAAGAGUCUUACAGCAUGACACUUGCUCGUCGCUCCUUCCUGCCAAUGAUUGUGACAAGAGGUAGCGACCAAGCUUCAAUUUCGACAAGCUUUCAAGUGCGAAAUGAGCCAAGCGUGGUUCGAAACUACGGAAAUCUACUGACAGAAUUCGCUAAAAUCACACCGGACGGGCUAGUCGUCUUCUUCCCCUCAUACUUGUACAUGGAAUCCAUCAUCAGCAUGUGGCAGGGAAUGGGCAUACUUGACGAGGUGUGGAAGUACAAACUGAUUUUGGUCGAGACACCAGAUGCACAAGAAACAUCUCUAGCCUUGGAGACUUACAGAACAGCAUGCUGCAAUGGAAGAGGUGCCAUUUUGCUCUGUGUCGCGCGUGGAAAGGUUUCCGAAGGCAUCGAUUUCGAUCACCAAUACGGACGCACCGUGUUGUGCAUCGGGGUUCCCUUCCAGUACACCGAAUCGCGAAUUCUCAAGGCAAGACUGGAAUUUCUGCGGGAAACAUAUCGCAUCAAGGAGAAUGACUUCUUGUCGUUUGACGCGAUGCGGCAUGCUGCCCAGUGUUUGGGGCGAGUUUUGCGUGGCAAAGACGACUACGGGAUCAUGGUACUUGCCGACAGGCGGUUCCAAAAGAAGCGUCCACAGCUGCCGAAGUGGAUUAACCAGGGUCUAAUGGAUGUCGAUGUUAAUCUCAGCACAGACAUGGCCGUCAGUAGUGCCCGGCGCUUCUUGAAGACAAUGGCGCAGCCUUUUCGCGCCAAAGAUCAAGAGGGCAUCAGCACAUGGGGCUACGAGGACCUGGUACGCAAGGCUGCGCUGGACCGUGAAGAAGCUCGCAAGGCAGAGGAGGCGGCAGCGAUCAAGGCGGCACAAUUGGCGGCCAUGCAAGGCAACAAUGGUGGCUACGAAUUCGAUGAUGACGACUUGGAUCAAGAUAUGAUGGAGCUUGAAGGCUUCUAA